AUGGCUGAAGAAAGUAUAGAACCACUUGUACCUCCCGAAAAGAAUGAAUUUUCAUUCGACAGCACGAAAAUGGACAUAAACUCUGCUGAAAAUUCUCCUUCUCCGAGGAAUGGCGAUCUUAGUCCUGUUCCCAAGCGCCGAGCAUCCAUUGCUUCUUGCAUUACCAUUGAUAAGCCGGAAUCGUGUUCUUCUAAUGAAAAACAAGAUCGAGCGGCAGACACUAUUAAACGUAGGGUACCCAUCUAUCUCAGAGCCUCGACUGGAUCUUGCCACGAUAUCUGCAAAUAUGGAGGGAACCAUGCAUCGAAAGAGAACACAAUGGAAUAUCUACGGAAAAAGAAUUUGAGGAAGCCUUCACCGAAGGAGGUGAAUUAUAUGAGAAAGAAGGAAACAUAUGAAGGUAAGAGAACUGAGCAUUCACUGACGAAAACUUCAAAAUUUUCACUGAAUGAGAAGUCGGCUGAGCAGGAGUCUUCUUCGGAGAUGAAAAGACGGUCGUCUUUGGCUAAAGUAUCUCCUCUAACAAAAUCAUGUCCCCCAAGGCUGAACGCUGUAUCUGGAAACAAGACUCGUUUUCAAAAUUCGACGUCCACUAAGAAAUCCUCAGUGUCAGAAAUCCCUGAAGUUGUCAAGAGGGAAAUAUCAUUGUCGUCUGUAAAAGUCGAAGUUCAAGCAAAAGCUGGUGGCUCGGGUGAGAAUAAAGAGUCUGUCAAGCGUUCUUCUUCAGCAAAGGCAAACUUGGUUAAGGUUAAGCCGUCAAGUGCUUCAGGCAAUUCACAUGGUGACCAAACUGGCCGAAAACUGACGUCAUCAAUGGCGUCUGCUGACAAAGCAUUGAAAACUUCAUCUUCAUCGGCUUGUUUAUCGGCCUCUAGAUUAUCUAUUGGUACUGCAGCAUCCGGUAAAGCAAGAAAAGUAGGAAGGAUAAAAUCGUCAUUGCUGUCGUCAUCGUCAUCCUCUCUGAAGUAUCGGAAAAGGUCUGCGGAAUCCCACAGUGCCGUUUCUGUGAAAACUUAUCAUGUUGUUGAGACUGAAGCAAGAAAGGGUACUGAGAAAUCAGAUGGUGAGGAACCUGAAAAAACUUUGCAUGUUAUCAAGGAUGAAGCAGAAAUCAAACCAUUGCUAUCAUCACCAUCAUCAUCUCCCAUAUUAUCUUCCUUUCAUUUGAGGUCUCAGUCUUUGUCUUCUCAUGAAGAAGAAAAAGAAGAAAAUGAAGAAAAUGAUGAGAUACAAAAUAGUGGUAGUGAAGGAGAUGAAUUUGUCUCAGAAAAUACAGUAUCCAUUGAAACCACCGAUAUGCAACCUGUGAAAGAGGAUCACACUCAUACAACGUCUCCAUCUUCUCUAUCUCACGAAGAUGAUGCUGAGAAGAUCAACUACAGUGAAAGUUUUGCAGAUUCAGAGAUUGAAAACUUACAACUUUUGAUGGAAAAUCACGAUGGUACUCCAUUGUCCUCUAAUGAUGAUGAUGAUGAUGAUGUCAGUGAGGAUGAGGCAUAUCCAUCUUUGUCAUCCGAGUCUGUAUCUUGUUCUCUAUCUACGUCAUCUCUUGACAAAAAUGAUGAAGAGAUCAAUGGUGAACCAGACGAGAUCGGUUUUUCUGAAAAAAUGGCAAUUGUGGAGACCGACAAAGUACAGUCUCCGAAAGGAAGUCGCAAGUCUACGAAAAAGAGUAAGUUGGUUUCAUCUGAAGAUAAAAAUCAGCCGCCAUUGAAGUUGAAGUUCAGGAGAGGAAGAAUAAUCGACCCACAGCCAGAAAGUACUAUACCCAAGAGACUCAGAUUCAGGCGGUCAGCCAGUGUUAAUAAAACUGGCGAUUUGAUCUCAGAUAGCAAGAAGCCCAUGGAUAAUGGAAAUUUUCAACCAGAAAAGACUUUAAGAAAAGCUGAAUCAUCUAUCUCUUACAGCAAGAGGUCUGUGGAUGUAAAAUCGGGAACUCCAAACAAAUCCUUAAGAAAGAGCCGGCUGGCUGUCUGUGAAGAUAAAUCUCAAUCUCCUGUGAAUUUAAUCCGUAGGGAGAAGACGGUGGACUCUCAGAUGGCUAACAAGAGUCCCAUGAGGCUGAAAUUUACGAGUAGGGUCGCUCGACCUGAAGAUGGCAAAAGUGAUUUACGGACAAAAACCAUAAAAAGGGCAGGAAGCAAGAACGAUGUAGUUGGUUUUGAUCUUUCAUCUAGAAAAGUGAUUUUAAAGCACCCAGAGGUGCAGAGGAAGAAAGACGGUCAAGUUUUGUUGAAUAAUGUGAUUGAAGAGACUGCGAGUAAACUCGUUGAAAGCAGGAAAAGUAAGGUUAAAGCAUUGGUGGGAGCUUUUGAAACGGUAAGUGAUUUUUCGAGAUCAGCUCACUUGCCCACCGACCCCUCUCUCUUUGCUUGGUCCGUUGACCAUCACGCAGAAGGUCUAGCUAAAAGGAAAGGUCAGGCACCUGAUUUCCCGAAGACGAAGAAGCUGAGAAAUUCUGUCGGACUCCUGAACGGCUACCGCCCAUCUCACAAGGGAAUUGGGCACACGUAUGUCUAUAUGUAUGGUAGAUUUUGGAUCAACCCUAAGAGCGUCAUCAGUGAGAUUUGUGAUAAUAAGAGAAAGGAGGUCUUGGAAGAAAAGACCGAGUUUAUCAGUGCAGACCCCUUGAAUGAUUCUGACUUUCUUGUUACUUACCGUGGGAAUACCCAAUUGGAAUUUGUUGAAGACUCGGAAUGGGGAGUCAAACUCCUGCGACAUCUUUUGGCCCGAAACUCAGAGUAG